AUGGGUAAAAAUAAGAUGAUUGCUAAAAGUUGCCCGAAAUGUGAAAUGCAGGUUGCAGUAGCAUCCAAGUCAUGUAAAUGUGGGCACACGUUUUUCGCGUCUCGCCGUGGGGCGGACACACUGCCAGCUACAGAGGAUAUUAAAAGACGAACCGGUAGAGUAAGGAGAUCCCAACCCCAGUUCUAUGAUGCACAGCAUUAUCAAAAACAGAAGAGAAAGACACCAAAAAAGAGAAUUAUAUCAAAAACAUGCAGUGAUGACGAAUACAAAGGCAAAGGGAAAAUAGAAAGUGCAACAGCCAGGGCUAGAAGACGUCGUGCCCUAAGAAGGGCUCAAAGGGAACCUCAACAAAGCGAAAGAACUAGGGAUCCCACACCUCAGCUACGACCAGCUCAGCUUGCCCGCUGUAAAUUGAUAUUGUUAGAAAUUAAUAGGAAAAUGCGAGCCGUCACAUGGCAACCCCCGAAUGAUGGAUCAACAUCUCUACCAUAUGACACCAUUGUAGUCGGUCUGGGGUCUGCAGGAACUACAGCGGUGACUACUCUCGCUAAAGCUGGAAAGAGGGUCCUGGCUCUGGAAGCUCAAGGCAGGGUUGGAGGAAGAGUGAAUACUGUUUCAUUUCGUAAUGGAGUGAUUGAACUUGGUGGGGAAUGGAUUCAAGGUACGAAUAACAGCCGGGUUUACGAUGCUGCCGUCAAAUAUAACAUCGGUGUUGUUCCUCAAGGUUUAAGACAUGAAGCAUUCAUGUCAGAUGGUUCAAGAGGAAAUGAUGGUCUUCUAGACGAGCUCAUGCGAUACUGUUUGGAAGUCCAGAAUAACCCUCCCGAAGAACCAGAAUCUAUUGGUAGUCUUAUAACUAGGAAGCUUAAAGAAUAUCUUGAAGAAAAACACCCGGAUGUGCUCAGAGACAAGGAUUUCGUGGAGAAUUUUAUAGAAUUCAUGAGUCUUAUUGUAAGUAACACAGAGGCAGCAAAUGAUUGGAACGAUGUUAGUGCACAGUCGAGGUUUGCCGAAAUAGGUGGAUAUCAGCAUAUAUCAUGGCACAGAUACGGCUAUGAGACCUUCUUUAAAAUUUUACUGAACACUUACAACGACGGCCCAGGUUGGCCAACUGUGGAUAUAAAAUUAAACAAGGAAGUCACUCUAAUAAAAUGGCCGAAAAAUUCCACCGGAAAUGUUGAAGUGGUGUGCAAAGAUGGCGACGUGUUUACAGCCGAUAACGUUAUUGUUACAGUGUCACUUGGAGUAUUGAAAGAAAGGUAUUCAAAUCUCUUUUCGCCACCAUUACCACAAGAAAAGAUAACCGCUAUAGAAAAAAUGUCCAUGGGAGUUAUUAACAAAAUUAUAUUGUGCUUCGACGAGGAGUGGUUGCCAAGAGGUAGAUUUUAUAACUUUUUGUGGAGAACAGAGGAAAAAAUGCAAAUCAGUCCAGAAGACUCUUGGGUCACAAAAAUAUUUUCGUGUAGCACGCCUAUGGGGUCUAGAGAAGCGCUAACAUGUUGGACGAGUAGUGAUGUUGCUAAAUUGAUCGAAACAUUACCUGAAGAUGUUGUUAAAACUAAAGUGAUAGAAAUCUUACGCAAAUUUAUGGGCGAAAGAUACACUGUACCUGAACCAGUAUCAAUUAUGAGAUCAAAAUGGUUCUCAAAUCCCUUCACGCGAGGUAGCUAUAGCUAUGACAAUUUGUCGGUGCACGAGUAUCCGCACGCGCGGGCGACUCUCGGGGAACCCCUCGUCGACGAGGCGGGGGUUCCUAAGGUGUUAUUCGCGGGGGAAGCGACAAGUUUAGAUCAUUACGCAACUGUCCACGGUGCAAGUGAGACCGGAUAUAGGGAAGCUCAAAGAUUACUAUCAGAAAACGGAAAG